AUGGUACGACACAAGAAAGACUUUGCCGCCAGAGGCAAGAAAUUCGGCGGCGGUCGUGGCGGCGGUCCUCCUCGCCAACCCCGCCAUCGAGACGACGAAGACGCCGAGUCCUCAGCAGGCCGCCCUCUCUUCAAGGCCGCCUGCUGGGAUCUGGGCCACUGCGAUCCCAAGCGAUGCUCCGGUAAGAAACUCAUGAAGCUGGGUAUGAUGCGCGAGCUGCACCUCGGCCAGCGCCAUGGCGGCGUCAUCAUCACUCCCAACGGCAAAAAGGUCAUUUCGCCCGCCGACAAAGAGCUUAUGGACCAGUUUGGGGCGGCUGUCGUUGAGUGUUCGUGGGCUCGAACCAAGGAGGUGCAGUGGAAUAAGGUGGGCGGCAAGUGUGAGAGGUUGUUGCCGUAUCUCGUUGCCGCCAACACGGUCAACUACGGCAAGCCUUGGAGGUUGAAUUGCGUCGAGGCAUUGGCCGCUGCGUUUGCUAUUUGUGGUCACUUGGAUUGGGCAGAGCAGAUUCUAGCACCUUUUUCAUACGGGCCGUCGUUUCUGGAGAUCAACUCGAGCUUGUUAAAGAAGUAUGCAGCUUGUGCGGAUGAGGCUGAAGUUAAGAAGACGGAGGAAGAGUGGAUGGAGAGGUUGGAGCAGGAAUAUGCUGAGAGCAGAGAGGAGGGCAAUGAUAUCUGGACCAGCGGAAACACCAACAGGAGGGCGCCAAUAGAUUCAGACGAUGAUGAGGAAGAAGAGGAUGAUGAUGAAGACAACUCAGACGACGACGAAAAUUCCGAAGAGGAGGGAAGCAUAGACGGCAUAUACCUAGGCAAACGGCCACCCAAACAAAAAGAUCAGGAUAAAGAGGACGAAGACCAAGAAGACGAAGACAAAGACCCGUACGCCCUGUCAGACGACAGCGACGAUGACGCUGCAAUGGAGGAAAUCCGCCGCAAAGUGCUCGCCUCAAAAACAUUCACCAACCCCAAUCCCAACACCGAUGAGAAGCAAAAGCCCUCGACAAUACCCCGUCCACAACAGCGCUUCAAGGCUGACCUGGACAUUGAGCCGGAUUCUGACAACGACAAUGGUGGUGAUAGUAGUGAAGAUGGGGAGGGCAGCGGCGAUGAUGAUGAUGAGUUUGAUAAUAUCAUUGCUGCGACGCCGGUCACGGAUAGGAUAGGGCUGGAGAAGCUGAAGAAGGAGAGGGCGAGGGCCGCGAUUACGACGAGGACGUUUUCGUCGAAUGUUGUUUCUGCGCCGGGUAGAUGGUAG